UGGGUAAAAGGGAGGGCCGUUGUUUACCAUGGCGACAGCGACGCUACUGCGUGCUGAUCAUUUCCAAAUAGUGCGUUUAGUACUAUUUGUUAUAAUAUUAAUAGAUUUUGUUAACUGCCAGCAGUUUAUAAUCUCAUUUAAGUCUCCUUCGAAUUGUGGUGUGGAAGAAUUCUUCGACAUCUCAAGUCUGUCUUGCGCGAACUGCGGUUCAAAUCAACGUCGGAGCACAACAGGACUGAGCUGCGUUUGCCAAGCUGGGUACAAAACCACAAAUAUCAACACUGAAAAGGUGUCCAUUGCUUGUGAGCCUUGUCCCACUGACAAGCUUGCGGUGACAAAAGAUGGAUUUGGGUGCAUUCGCUGUCCAGGCAGGCUCAGUGAUGAGGGCAAGUGUCAGUGUCCUCCAGGCAAUAUCCUGGUGGAAAGGGACAUCAAUGGAAACUUUUUGGAUGAGGCCAAGUGUGAAUCAUGCAAUGGAAACAGUCCUGCUUUGUCUGCACCAAACAUAAGUGGAGACAGGUGUGACAGAUGUCACGCUACCUUCAGUAACACCUCCUGCAUGUGUACAUCUCCUAAUAUCCUGGCAGGAGGAUUAUGUUUACCUGCAAGCAACCUGCCCACUAAUGUCAAUCCCAGUGUCAACUAUGCUCAGUUGAAGUUCAGCAUCCAGUCUGCCUGGUUUGUGGAAAACCUCUACUCCUCCUCAGCAGCAUGCCUUCAAUUCUCCAACCUAACAGCGUGUCAGGCUCUUGGGAACAUGUGUGUGAUAAACAUGCACUCCUUCAGUGAUCAAUCCACUGAUGCUUGUGGUCUCUUUAACACUAUCUUCCGAUUAAAGGCUCCUCUGAGUUCAGUUCAAGAUAUUUCUUACUGGCGAGUUAAUCUGCCUUGGCUUUACUAUGGCGAAGAACCAGGGCUCGCUAGUCGAGUGCUUCAGUCUGAUCCUGUUCCCACUUCAUUCAGUUUCAGAGGAAGAAAAAAAAACACUGACAUUCAACUGCUUGCUGCUGUCUAUAAUAUCAGGGGGGAGUUCCUUAGAUGGGAACAAGUAGGCGGAAGUAACCUGCAGAUUUGUCCAGAACGGGCUACCAAACGGGCAGCAGCCUUUAGCUUUGGAACCGCUUAUCAAGAAAGUUGUGAUCUCUCAGUUGCAGAACUGUUAGUUUUGCAUCCUGAACCAUUGUUCUAUGAUGUUUUUAUGGACUUGGGUGGAGGAGAGAACAGAAAAGUCCUUCCCUUGCCAACACUUAUCAAAAACCAGCAACGCAAUGGACGUUUUAUCAAUCAAGAGAACAUGAGGAACUGGUACCUGUCUCGACGAAUGUUUCUUGUGGACACAAUGAGUGGAAGAGAGAAGAGCAUAAACUCUUCACCUAAAGUCAUCCGUGUUGCCACAAGUGUCAGCAUAAGUUUCCAGCUGGUUCCACGAACCCAAGAGGGACAGAUAUUUCCGCCUCUCAUGACUGUGACCUACACUGAUGUUCUGAUCACAGAUAUAAAUACUCAAACUUUGUCUAUAACAUUUGCUGUUCAAUAUGAGAUGGAUCAGAGUGAAGCUCGAACAAAAACAGAUACAGCUCUUGGCGUGCUGGGUGGAGUGGCUGUACUUUACUCACUGCUGAAGACAGUUAGCUGGAAGAGGAGGAUUGCCUCUCCACUUGUUGACAUGGAGACGAUGCUGAAGUUUCUGUUGUUUUAUGCUGGUGACCUGGCCAAUGUUUUCUUUGCUGUUACUGUGGGAAGUGGACUCUACUGGCUCAUCUUUUACAAGACACUAAAGGCCCAGCAGUUUGUAUCAGUGCUGUUGCCACUGCCUACUCAAGAGGAGCAGUUUGUCACGUACAUUGGUUGUGCCUUCGCUCUCAAGGCAGUCCAGUUUCUCCACAAGCUGAUCUUGCAAGUGUCCAUUGAUAUAUUUCUGAUUGACUGGGAGAGACCACGAAGUAAAGCUAGCAGAACUGUACAAGCUACUGGGGAGACAAAACGUGAACCUUCUCCAGUCAGCAUCUGGAGGACCUAUUUUGUGGCAAAUGAGUGGAACGAGCUUCAAACCAUUCGCAAGAUCAGUCCAACUUUUCAGAUCAUGGCUGUGCUCUUCUUUCUUGAAGUGCUGGGUUUCUCUAACUUGGCUUUGAGAGACCCCUGGGCAACUCUAGAGCGGCCCCCACAGGCAUAUACUCCUCCUUAUAGCCUUAUUCUGCGCUACGGUCUGGCAGCCACACUUUGGCUCUGCAUUGGACUCCUGCAGGUGAUUUUCUUCACUGUCUUUUAUGAGCACUUUGUGGAGGACAAAAUCCGCCAGUUUGUGGAUCUCUGCUCUGUCAGCAAUAUUUCUGUACUUCUGUUUUCUCAUCGCUGCUUUGGCUACUACAUCCAUGGCCGUUCAGUACAUGGGCAUGCAGACACAAACAUGGAAGAAAUGAACAACAAUCUGAAGAGAGAACGUGAGUCACUAUGUGGUCAGAGGGGUCUACUUCCAAACACUGAUGUUCAGACCUUCCAGGUGUCUUUUUCAAACCAUCUGAGGCUGCAGUAUGACAGGAUACAGGAUUCAAUCAGCAGGAGGAACAGACCAUCACGCCUGAUGGACGCAUCUGCAGCCAACUUAUCAGAACUGCAGUUCAGAGCCUACAACACCAUGAAUCACUUCCUGGGAUCAUUUAUUGACCAUGCCCACCCUGACAUGGACUACAUAGUAAAGGACAAGCUGACCCUGGAGAGGGUCAUAGGAAUGGAGUUUCUUGAAGCAAGUGAGAAGACUAUUUUUUACAAUGAUGAAGCCCACUCCUUCAGCGAUUUGCUCUUUUAUGGAAAUGAGGCCACACUGCUGAUCUUUGACACUUUGUUCUUUUGUGUCGUGGACCUGGGAUCUCAGAGCUUCGUGCUUGCAGCUGUGCUUACAUAUGUGCAGCAAAUGAUAUUUUGCUUCAUCCGAAACACUCUUGGAAGAAAGAACCUUGCCAGCAAAACUCUGGUGGAUCAGAGAUUUCUUAUAUAAAUGUCUGCUGUUAUUUCAACGUUUCAAUGUUGUGUUGUGGAAAUUCUCACAAAAAUUUUUACUGUUGUGAAUAAUUUUUCAUACUUUUCAUUACCUUUAUAAUUUUUUCACUGCUGUUUUACAAGGUAAAUAUAUUUUUGGGAAAUAUGUCAGUUUUUUUACUGAUUAAAU